AUGUGUUCGUCGAGAAAGCUGAUUGAUUCCUCCUUACAUUCUGUGGCGAUUUGUGGACAAUUUCUUUUCGAUUCCUGCAAUAGAAAGUGCGAAUUAAUCCAAUUAAGAUUGGGGAAGAUGGAAACACGAACCACAAGCAACCAACAAGCAGAACAAGAUGAAAAAAUGAGCAAAACGAUGAAGAAAUCUCUACUUGCGAUGAACUGCAUAAUGCUCGGCGUCGGAAACUGCGGUGGUCCGUUGGUUCAACGCCUCUACUUUGUUAAAGGCGGCAAAAGAGUUUGGACAUCAAGCUGGCUACAAACCGCCGGUUGGCCAUUUCUGAUCAUCCCUGUAAUCCUUUCAUUCAUAUACAAAUCAAGAAACGGAAAAGAAGCGAAACUCUUUUCUUUAAAACCAUCACUCUUCCUCCCUUGUGCUGUUCUUGGAGUUCUAACAGGUUUUGAUGAUUAUUUGGCUGCUUAUGGUGUUUCUCGAUUACCUGUUUCUACUUCUGCUCUUAUAAUCGCUACCCAGUUGGCGUUUACUGCUGGAUUUGCGUUUCUUUUGGUGAAACAGAAGUUUUCUGCUUUUACAAUUAAUGCGAUCUUUUUGCUGUCGAUUGGUGCUGUGGUUCUUGCGCUUCAUACUAGCUCAGAUCGACCUGCUCAUGAAUCGAGUUUGAAGUAUUACGAGGGGUUUUUUAUGACACUUGGAGCUUCGGCUUUAUAUGGGUUUAUUUUGCCUUCGAUUGAGUUGACUUUCAAGAAAGUUAAACAGCAGGUUACUUAUUCUUUGGUUAUGGAGAUGCAGAUCGUUAUAUCGUUCUUUGCAACUGCUGUUUGCACUGUCGGAAUGCUCAUCAACCACGACUUCAAGGCAAUUCCACGAGAGGCGAGGAAUUUUGACCUAGGAGAAGCAACAUAUUACGUGAUUCUAGCAGUGAACGCGCUUCUUUGGCAAUUCUUCUUUUUAGGAGCAAUCGGAGUCAUUUUUUGUGCCUCCUCAUUAUUAUCCGGAAUAAUAAUUGCUACAUUACUCCCUGUGACGGAAUCUUUAGCUGUUCUUUUCUUCCAUGAGAAAUUUCAAGCGGAAAAAGGACUUGCUCUUACUUUAUCUCUAUGGGGUUUUGUUUCCUACUUUUAUGGAGAAAUUCGACAAAUGAGAAAGAUGAAACGUGAACGAGAUGUAGGCUUGCCAGCAUGACAUAAGUGAAUGGUAUAUAAAUAUGUAUGUGGAAGUUUGUAGCUUUUCAAACAUAAAGGAACUAUAAACCAUUGAUGUUUAAUUGUGUUAGGAAUUAGAUUACGCUUCUUAAUUCUCGACACGAUCCGCGACACGAUAUGAAAUAAACGGGUUUGGGUUGAGUUUUUCAACCUGUUAACCCGCCAACCUGUCAACUCGUUUAUUAAACAGGUCAUAUAUGGGUUUCUCAAAAAAUAUACGACCCGUCAACCCGUUUAGAAUUUUAAUAAAAAAAAUUAUAUAUUUUUU